AUGGGCAAAGUAUUCAUUACAGGUGCAACGGGAUAUAUUGGCGGGGAAGUCCUUCAUCAAGUUGCAACGUUGAGGCCGAAUGUCAAGAUCUCUGCUUUGAAUCGUGACUCUGCCAAAGCUUCGAUAUUGAGGAAGGCAUAUCCGGACAUUGAGAUCAUUCCGGGAGACCUCGACAAUACUGAAGUAAUCGAGAAUGAGGCUAAAGGUGCCGAUGUCGUACUCCAUCUUGCAAGCACCAACCAUAUAGGUAGUGCAAGAGCCAUCCUGAAAGGGCUAAGCGGUCCAUCGAGGAAACAUCCGGGCUACUGGCUACAGAUGUCAGGGGCGACCAUGGUCGCGGCAGCAGAAAUCAAAGAAGGCCGAUACGGCGAAGCCUCAGACAAGUCAUAUGACGAUUUUCACGACGAUGAGAGCGUACGCUCACUCAUCACUGCUAAUCCUACAAGAGCUGUAGACAACUUGGUCAUCGCACAGGAAGAUUCUGUGGUUCGCACAGCCCUAAUUGCUGGACCGUGCAUACAUGGCAAGGGUGAUGGUCCAGUGAACCAACGAAGUAUACAAGCUCCUGAGAUCGCUCGCUUGACGCUCGAGAGGAAGAAAGGUUUCCGACUGGGCAAGGGCCAAAAUGUCUGGGGUAACGUUCAUAUCCAUGACCUAGGCCGGUUAUUCGUUGCUCUCCUAGACGCAGCCCUGGCAGGAGAUAGUCAAGUGUGGAACCAGAAUGGUCUUUACUUCCCCGAAAAUGGCAAAUUGUCAUUUGGUGAGCUUUAUUCCGCCAUUGCCAAAGAAGCAGUGGAACAAAAGUUCAUCGAGACAACAGAUUUGGAUGAAAUCACCGCAGCGGAAGCGAAUCAGAUGAGCACCCAUGCAGCUGCUAUUUGGGGUACCAAUGCAAUCUUAACAUCAUCUCGAGCCCAGGCGCAAUUGAAAUGGAAGCCUUGUGGCACAGCACUAUUGGAUGAGAUCCCCGAUCUCAUCAAGUCCGAAGCCAAGCGGUUAGGAUAUGCUUAG